AUGGCGUUUGUAAGUGAAAUCGUGCCGUGUUCUCGAGGUUUUUUAUUAUCUUUGUGCAAUAGAUACAAUAUUAAUUUAUCAAAUCAAGUCAUGAUUGCAAGAAAACAUCAUUGCGUUGCUGGUGACAAUGAUAAACAUCAUGACAUUAUCAUUGCUGGAGGUGGAAUGGUUGGAACAACUUUGGCAGUUGCUUUAGCCAAUAAUCGAACAUUGCAAUCACAAAAAAUUCUUUUACUGGAAGGCGGCAAUAAACAUGAAUAUAAACAAGACGAAAAAUAUUCAAAUCGAGUUGUCGCAUUAAAUCAACAAACCCGUACAUUAUUAUCAAGUAUUGGAGCAUGGAAACAUAUAGAAGCUGUACGUUAUGCUCCAGUUCGUAAAAUGCAGGUCUGGGAUGCUUGUUCGGAUGCCAUGAUAACGUUUAAUGAAGAUCAUUUAUCUGAAGAUAUAGCUUACAUUGUAGAAAAUGAUUUAUUAUUACAUGCAGUAAAUAAACAAGUUGAAGAAAAGCCUUCUGUUAAAGUUAUUUACAAUGCCAAAGUUGAAGACAUUCUUUUACCAAAGACAGACAAUGGUGAUGCUAAAAUAAAACUACAAAGCGGCGAAGAGUUUACAUCAAAAUUAUUGAUUGGGGCGGAUGGAGUUAAUUCUCGUGUACGUCAAGCGAUGAAUGUACAAUACGUAAAGUGGGAGUAUGAUCAAAUGGGAAUAGUUGCAACUGUUGAAUUAUCAGAGCCAACAGAAAAUAUUGUAGCUUGGCAAAGAUUUUUACCAACGGGUCCAGUAGCAUUAUUACCUCUGACAAACUCAUUGAGUUCUCUCGUAUGGUCUAUGACAACAAAGGAAGCUAAACGGCUAUUAAAAAUUCCAGAAGAAGAAUUUAUUGAUGAAUUAAAUAGUGCACUAUGGAAAGUUUAUCCAAAAAGUAAUAUUGUUGAAAGUGGUAUGAAGGCAUUAAAACAAUUACUUGAACAAUUCUCAUUACAAACUGGUGAAUCUAGACAACUACAACCUUCUGUGCUGAAGAUAGUUGAAGAAUCUCGUGCUGCUUUUCCUCUGGGCUUUGGACAUUCUACUUCUUAUGUUGCAAAUGGAGUUGCUCUUGUUGGUGACGCAGCACAUCGUGUUCAUCCACUAGCUGGCCAAGGUGUAAAUCUUGGAUUUGGUGAUGUUUCUCUACUAGUUAAAUUACUAGAUGAAGCUCUAAGAAGCGGAAGUACUUUAGGAGACAUUCAACAUUUGUCAACAUAUGAAACAUUAAGACAAAGACAUAAUGUACCAACAAUGUUAGCUAUUGAUGCUUUACAUAGACUUUAUAAAGGAACUGCUCCGCCAAUAAUUCUUGCUAGAAGUUUAGGAUUACAAUUAAUUAAUGCUAUUGGUCCAGUAAAGAAAAUAUUAAUGGAACAUGCUGCUAAUUCGCGCAUAAUUCGAUGAAAUAAAUUUAACAAGUUAAUUAUCAAUAUAAAAUUAUAAUAGCUUUAAGUUUUGAUCAUAAAUUUAUAGCUUGUAAUAUAACAAUAGUACUAUAUUUUUGUGUAUUAAAAAAAAAU